UCGAGGAGGUCCUGGAGAAAGAGCACGCGCCUGGUUUUGGUGCACGGCUCCUUUAAGACGCAACGGAGGAGCCUCGGAGCGCAGCGCCUUCUUCUCCCCCAACACCACCACCAAGACCACCAUCAAUCCGGUUCGUGCGUCUCCGACCGAGUGACCUGAAGAUCCUGUAGGCUGUUUGUCCACGCAGUCUUGCGUCCACCUUCUUCUCCUGCUCUGUCGUAUUUCAGGAGAGCGCCUGUUUGGACGAGGUGUUCAUGAUGAUGAUGAUGGUGUUUUGAAGAACGCGGUGUGAAGGUUUGCCGGCUGCAGCGGUCAUGCACUGAGUCGGAUCCGAGGUGAGUGCACUGCCAGGGUGUUGGCAUGGCCCAGGGAUGAAUGGUGAAGAGGCACCCAGCAGCCCGGAGCUCUCCUCGUGCCCGCUGCCCGACUGGAAGGAGUUCUGCGAGUUGCAUGCUCGUGCCUCUGCUGCCGACUUCGCCCACAAGUUCCGUCGAUUUGUCACAGAGAAUCCAUGCUACGACUCUCCGGGAGCUGACGCCAACUUCUCACGUCACUUUGCGCGUCACUUCCUGGACUGCUUUACUGCUGCUCUAAAUCAAGCUCAUCAACCCGGGUCGCCUGGGGCUUCCUUAGCUCCCAAGUACGCAAUCGCACCCUUUGCAGGGAUUCAGGGCUGCCCACUUCCCUCCUACAACCACGAGUUCUUCCAGCGCCGAAAAGACACAGGGGCCUCAAGUGAAUCGCUGGACAGCAUGGACAGUGGAGGAGGUGGAGCCUCUGCAAGUUCCACCCUCCAUGGGCACAGGGUGACCACGCUGGGCCAGUCACGAAGCUCUGAGGAUGUUUCCAUGGGUCACUCGAAGGCCCGUUUUAAGAAGGGCUUCUCGUUGAGGAACAUGAGCCUAUGUGUAGUAGAUGGGGUGCGGGAGAUCUGGCAACGCCGGGCACCUCCUGAACUAGACACAGUAGGCACCGGUGUCAGGAAGUCAAAUGGAGUAGAAGCAGGUGGACAUGAGCGCUGGAGCCAGAAGCUGAGGUUGUCACGGGGCUUGCAGGGUAACCGUGUUGAGCUUCUGGAGAUUCAAAGAGAGGGCACUCUGCGCUACAUGGUGGCAGAUGAUACUAACUGUAUGGGCACUGCGCAGUGGCAGAAGUGCAGAUUGCUGCUCAGGAAAACAAGAACCAGCUCGGAAGGAGGCGAAAAGUUCCUGCUUGAGUUUUAUGUACCGCCAAAGUCCUCCAAGCCGAAAGUGAGCGUGCCUUUGUCCGCCAUUGUGGAAGUGAGGACCACAAUGCCUUUGGAGAUGCCUGAUAAAGACAACACAUUUGUGCUCAAGGUGGAAAAUGGAGGCGAGUAUAUCUUGGAGACCAUCGACUCUCUUCAGAAGAACUCCUGGGUUGCUGACAUCCAGGACUGCAUAGAUCCUGGAGAUAGCGGUGAUGACAUCGAGCUUGCGUCAUGUCCACACGGCCAACCGUCCAAAGAAUUCUCCAUGGUGGCCUCCUGCAGCUGUGAACUCCUGUCUGAAGGUGUACACCGGGGCCCUGAGAGGUCUUGUGCUGCAGCCGUCGAUCAUUACAGCACCUCUACUGUCCGCUGCAGGGAACUACCGUUCACACAGCAUCCCUCUCACGUGCCCUUAGAGCGAUUCCUGCAGCUGCCAGAGGCUCAGAGUACUAGCCCAUCAUCAGUUCCCAGUGAACCUCCUGCAGAGUCGGAGGUUGCUGCUACUCUUAUUGGUUACCCAUGGUUCCAUGGGACUCUAUCGCGAGUCCGAGCGGCUCAGUUGGUACUGGCCGGUGGAGGUCGAAGCCACGGCCUGUUUGUGAUUCGUCAGAGUGAGACGCGGCCGGGAGAAUACGUACUCACGUUUAACUUUCAGGGAAAAGCCAAGCAUCUGCGGUUGUCGGUAAAUGAAAAUGGCCAGUGUCACGUGCAUCACCUCUGGUUCCAGACAGUGUGUGACAUGCUGAGGCAUUUUCACACUCACCCGAUCCCGCUGGAGUCCGGCGGCUCUGCUGACAUCACGCUGCGCUCGUACGUGCAAGUGCAGCGUAAUAACUCAGAUGUUCCCAACAUCGGCACUCCUUCGCGCGAACCUAGCUGCCGAAUCGAGGCGGCUCAGGCCAACCUUCAUCUUGCCGGGGUCUCACAGCUUCCAGCAACCCCUGUUCAUGAUGCUCCACUCUCCUCCAGCUCAUCUUCCUCCCCCACGGCCCAUGGAGGUCUUCGGAGUAGGAGCAACAGCUCGGAAAGACUGCUGGAACUCCCGCCUGCUACCGCGGAGGAGUACAACGACAACGAGGGCACGCGGAGGACCAGAGCCGUGGAGAAUCAGUACUCGUUUUACUGAUAUCCGGCAAAGAGCAAGAGAACAACAGCAUUCCUGGAGGGAAAGAAAAUCUAAUAACGAUAGCUUUUUAAUAUUUUUUCAGUUUUUGCAGUGUUUAUUGGCAGCCUUAAUGGAAAACUGUACUUCAUACGUAGGAGAUUUUCAAACUUUAACAGCAGCGUUGAGUUGCUUGGAGUCCCAGAAACUUUUCCUUGUUUCUUCAGGCAACCAAACAGGUGGCUGUUCAAGUAGGAUAUACUUCUUCAAAAAAUCAGACAUAUUGUACAUUCGGUUGCCCUUUGCAGCCAAAUACCCCGAACAAAGCUGUUGGUUGAAGAACAAUCUACUAAGAUCAAAGGUCCUAAAAGCAGCUUUCAAAGACUUCCUACAUCCUGUAGUUUCCAGCACAGGAUUUGAAUUUGAGAAAAGGAAUUAUCCGAAUCUCACAAGGGUAUAGAUGCAUCGUUAAAUGCUUCUUAAGAAAGCAAUCACACGUUUGAUUGUUGUUGUUUUUUUCUAGCAAAAUAAGCCAUAACUGUAAAAGGAAAGAGCUCCUGUGAGGGCUCAUUACGUGACAUGGCCGUUGCCUUACAAAGCAGAAGCGUCCAAAUGUUUUAGGAGGAUGUCAGGGCAAAGAUAACUUCCUUGUGAAGAAAUAUACAUUUAAUUGUUCAUUGAAAAAAAAAAUUACAUUUAGGUAACCAGCCUCAAAAGCGACAGUGACGUGUUGUUUCCCUGCAGAACAAAAAUUCAAUCACCACUCAUUCUUAUCUUCAAGCAUCAUGGCCACUAGUUUACAUUAUAAUGCAGGCUUUCUUAUACAGCUGAAUAUAAGUAUUCAAUCCCCUAUUCUAUAUUUUGUAGUGACCUGAAAGGAACCACACAAAUUAAUCCACAAUAUUGAAAUGGGGGAACAUCCAUUCAUCCAUCCAUCAAUACAAUCCAUUAGGUUUAUUUAUUUUUUCUAUUGGACCAUUGUUGCUUAUAUAAUCCAUCCCAGGUAACAAUCACACCCUACAGACAAUUCAGAGUUGCCAAUCAGCUAAAAGUCCAUGUCUUUGGAAUUAGGGAUGAAACCGGAGUACCCUGCAGAAACCCCAAAAGCAUGGGACCAUGCAAACUUCAUGCAUAUUGAGCAAAGGUGGGAUUCAAACCCUGACCUUGGGAGGUGCGAGACAAGCAUGCUAACCCCGAAACAAAAUCUUAGUCACGUCCAUUUUACUUAAAAAUGUGGAAAAGGGCUGUGGACACUUCUGUAACAUAGGAGUUCAAAUUUCAUUUAAAUACAACGACCCACUUCAGAAAUGUACAGCAUCAUUCAUUUCCUUUUUUUUCUUCUUUUCUACAAAAGCCUUUAGUUUACAGUAAAAUACACUAUUUUCUAUCCCUCCCCCAAAAGUAAUGAAAGUGAAAGUGAUGAUUUGGCUGCUAUUCAACAACCCAAAGGUCCUGAAGUUCCCUUUCCUGAACAUACUACAUCCUUUCUUUCUUUCCUUUUUUUUUCUUGCUCGGCGACACGAGCGUCGAGUGUGUGCCGAGUUCGAUAUCGUACAUCUCUUUUCCAUAGAGGAAGCUGUCGUGUUGAGACAUCUGCCAGCGGUUAUCCUCCCACAAGCCAUUUCCUGCAGAUGCCUCUUGCUCCCACCUUCCUUUUUUUUCCUCUCUCUCUCGUCAUUUUUUUAAGGGCUUUUAAGAAGUUAAAAGCUGCUCAGAGAAAUCGAUUUCCCCAGAGUGCUCCACUUAUGUCUGUGAAGCUGUUGAUAGAACGUUCCGGACAUCCUGUCCUUGAGGCUUUGUGGAGAUCGCUUCCCACAGCUUUGACGUAGGGUAAACGCGUCAUUCUCCAGAAGUAAAGAGUUUACAAUUAACCCAGUAAUAAAAAUUUUAAAAAGCAAUCCUUUUUUUUUUUUUUUGUAAAACGGUGAGCAAAUCAAAUGUUGGCAUUAUUUCCUUCUUCUCACACGCGAGUCCAUUUCACAUUGUACAUAUGGUUAAAGGCUAGAGUUAUAACCUACUAAUACAUGGUUCUUGGUAUUAUUCGUCCUGCACAGAGAGAUCGUAACUCUGUAAGGACAGUAACUGUAUAUCAGCGCUGGAGUAAUAAAAGAAGUGAUUAGUUCA